AUGUAUCUCCUUGUAUAUGUUGAUGACCUUAUCUUGACUGGAAAUCAACCUUCUAUCCUCACAUCGUUCAUAUCCCGUCUAAACUCAGAAUUUGCUAUAAAAGAUCUAGGGAAACUCAACUAUUUUUUGGGACUGGAGGUUACCUACACGCAUCAUGGUCUUUUUUUGAACCAAUCUAAAUACACCUUAGAUAUUUUAACCCGUGCUAAGAUGUUGGAUGCAAAACCUGCUCCAACGCCUUUAAGCACCAAUGUUUCUUUUGUUUCUACAGGGGACUUAUUCUCAGAUGCUACUCUAUACCGAUCCAUUGUAGGUGCUCUCCAGUACUUGACGAUCACGAGGCCUGACAUCUCAUAUGCUGUGAAUCAAGUCAGUCAGUUUCUGCAUGCUCCUACCACUGCUCACUUCCAGGAAGUAAAACGGAUUUUGCGCUAUCUCAAAGGGACGAUUUCUUAUGGAUUGCAUUACAGUCGACCCACUCAGAUGAUGCUGCUUGGUUACUCUGAUGCUGAUUGGGCUCGUUGCUUGGAAACAAGACGUUCCACAUAUGGAUAUUCAAUAUUUUUGGGUGGCAAUCUCAUUUCAUGGAGUGCAAAGAAACAACCAACCGUUGCUCGCUCUAGUUGUGAAUCAGAAUAUCGAGCCAUGGCAAACACGGCCGCAGAAAUUGUGUGGUUAACUCAUCUUCUUCAGGAACUGUAUGCCCUUCCACCGAGCAGGCCGGCAAUUUUGUGUGACAAUCAAAGUGCAAUUUUUCUCACUCAGAAUCCGGUGGCUCAUAAACGAACUAAACACAUAGAUCUUGAUUAUCAUUUCUUGCGUGAGCUGGUUGCUGCCGGAAAGUUAACUACUAAAUUUAUUCCAACCAAGCUUCAGGUGGCUGACAUUUUUACAAAGAGUCUUCCGUCUUCUCAAUUCAAUGUCCUCCGUCAAAUGCUUCGUCUUGUGGAUCCUGUAUCAAAAACCACAAACCCUCCAAAUCAACUUUCGUUAUUCCUGCAGCAGCACUAUGACGGAUUGCACAGUGUGUCGGAUUGCAAAGUGGGGUUGGCGAGGGGGAAGAUUCUUGAAGAAAUAAAGAAAAAUCAAGAGAUGUGGGAGAGACUACUUGAAGAACCACCAUCAAGCUUCAGAGACGCAGCUUUGAAUCACAUAAAGGAACAAUCUCGAGCUGAUGACUUAGCCUUCUCUUUCCUGAAAGAUGCUCUAAACAUUGUGAAGGAGAAGAUGGAGUUCAGCUCGGCUGAACGUGACAAAAUCUUUGCUUCAAGUAACUAA